GUAAGGCUGAUCUUGUGAAACUUCCAACCACAGCUGCCUUACUUUCCAGUGUAAUAGUGAAGAAUAACUGCAAUUUAGACUAGAAUCCACUAGAUGUCCUUAACAUAUUUGACAUAUUUGCUUGAGUGAAAUAGUUUGCUACAAAGCCAGAACUUUGGUAAACUUUGGAGUGAAGACGUAUAGGUGGAAAACUUGUGGAGCAACCUCUGUCUUCAGUUCCUGGUAACUGGGUGAGUCCAUAGUGUUGUUUCACAGUCUGUCUCAGCCUAAAGGUACUCCUGCAGGGUAUAAAUCUGUUACUUUGGUCUUCAUCAAUGGAGUGAGAGAUUCCAGUUGGAUGCUGUGCCAGGAGAGAGAAUGACAGGUGUCUGAAAAAUCCUGUGUUCGUAGAUUUAGCUUAGUCUCCAGCCGGCUCCUAACAAAGAACAUGUAUUUGGGACUGCUAAAGCAUCCAGACACAAUCAGAACAAGGAGGAAUCCAAAGCAGUCUGCAUCCAACACGUGGAUGUAACAGCAAGAAAAAGAUAUUACAACUGCUGCUGUGAAGAGUGUUGGCUUCAAAUAAAGCAGAAAAAAGUUCUUCUCACCAUGGGUAUUCCGAAACUUGCAAGUCUGACUUUUCUUGGCUGGUUGUUAUUUCCAUUAGUCCUGGACUGUGGUUUUGCUGCCCACAAUAUGGAACUACUACCGAAGAAUUCAAGUUCUUCAGUUCAAGCAGAUCCAUUUGAUGCUACUGAAUCGGGGAGAGAUGAAAGGCUACAUAUAUUCACUGUAGAUUAUGAAUAUGUGCAAAUCCCCUAUGAAGUUACGCUUUGGAUACUCCUAGCCUCCCUUGCGAAAAUCGGUUUUCAUCUCUACCACCGGCUGCCACAUUUAAUGCCCGAAAGCAGCCUCCACAUUGCCAUGGGUGUCUUGGUUGGUGCAAUUAUUUUUGGUACUGACCACAAGUCCCCUCCAGUCAUGACUACAAACAUUUACUUCUUGUACCUCCUCCCACCCAUUAUCCUUGAACAAGGAUAUUUUAUGCCUACCCGGCCCUUUUUCGAAAAUUUUGGAUCCAUUCUUUGGUGGUCUGCCAUGGGCUCCCUGAUGAAUGCUUUUGGCAUUGGCUUCUCUCUUUACGGGAUCUGCCAAAUCACGGCCUUUGGCCUCAAGGAUGUGAACUUGCUGGACAACCUGAUGUUUGGCAGCAUGAUCUCAGCCGUGGAUCCUACAGCUGUCUUAGCUGUGUUUGAGGAGAUGUCCGUCAACGAACAGCUUUAUAUGAUGAUAUUUGGAGAGUCUUUGUUAAAUGAUGGGAUAACUGUGGUUUUGUACAAUAUGUUCAUUGCCUUCACUCAAAUGCAUAGAUAUGAGGAGAUAGAGCCCAUUGAUGUCCUGGCUGGAUUUGCUCGCUUUUUUGUUGUGAGUCUUGGCGGGCUGCUGUUUGGCAUUGUCUUCGGGAUUGUGGCCGCAUUUAUGACUCGAUUCACACAGAACAUCUCUGCCAUCGAACCUCUCCUAGUCUUCAUGUUCAGCUACUUGUCCUACUUGGCUGCAGAAACUCUGUACAUUUCUGGCAUCUUGGCGAUUGCGGCAUGUGCAGUGACAAUGAAGAAAUACGUGGAGGCAAAUGUUUCCCAGAAUUCCUACACAACAAUCAAGUAUUUUAUGAAAAUGCUGAGCAGUAUCAGUGAAACUCUGAUAUUUGUGUUCAUGGGAGUGUCCACAGUCAGUAGGAACCACGAGUGGAACUGGGCUUUCGUUUGCUUCACAUUGGUCUUCUGCGUCCUCUGGAGGGCACUAAGUGUGUUUUUGCUGUUCUCCAUCAGCAACCUCUUUCGGACUUACCGGUUUACUCUUAAAGAUCAAGUUGUUAUCAUCUAUAGCGGUUUACGAGGAGCCAGCAAUUUCUCUCUGGCAUUUUUGCUUCCUGCAACUCUGUUUCGUAGAAAGAAAAUGUUCAUCACAUCUACUAUUGUGGUGAUAUAUUUAACUGUCUUCAUCCAGGGAAUCACAAUUAGGCCACUUGUAAAGUACCUAGAUCUUAAGAAGACCAACAAAAAGGAGUCCAUCAAUGAGGAGAUUCAUGAACGAAUGAUGGACCACUUAAAAGCUGGAAUUGAAGAUAUUUGUGGACACUGGAGUCAUUAUCAACUAAGAGACAAAUUCAAGAAGUUUGACAACAGAUUCCUGAGGAAGGUCCUACUACACAAGCAGCAACCUCAGUCCAGCCUUGUCUCCCUGUAUAAGAAAUUGGAAAUAAAACAAGUUAUUGAGAUGGUAGAAAGUGGGGCAGUGACUCCAGCAACCUCCAAAUCAUCCUCUUUGAGGCAUAGAAAGCAAAGAGUGCAUAGACUUUCCCCUGAAGAGGUGGCGUCCAUGCAGGCCAUACUGGCACACAAUCUGUAUCAAGUGAGACAAAGGACUCUGUCGUACAACAGGUACAACCUUUCUGCAGAUACAACUGAGGAACAAGCCAAAGAAAUCCUGAUCCGGCGCCAGCAAAGCCUGAGGCAGACUGUGAGGAAAGGGUGCAGCUUACCACGGGGAGGGCAGGCUUCCACUAAGACUGUACGUUAUUUGUCAUUACCUUUCGGCUAUGCUGGACACACUAGGAGAGAAGCUAGGAAUGAUGAAAAUGGCUCAGGGGACUCCAGGAGUGAUUCUGAGACUGAUUCACGUACAGAGCCUUGGUCUGGGACCCGCCGAUGGAAGUGGCAACAGCAGGAACUCCUUCCAAUGAAGCAGCUACAUUCAAGAGUUGAGCCAGCAGAUCUUACAGGUCAGAAAAGAAGAACUGAGCAGGAGAGAAUUGCCAGAAGGCAAGAACCAUUGUUACCACCGAAACCACCGCUAAAUUCACGGCUUGAAACUGAUAUCCAGGAAGUUGAAUCAGAGAAUGAUGAGGUGAGCAGCUCGCUAUUUCCAUCAGUGUCUACCUUUAGAGGGACAACAGAAACCCGAGAUGGGCCAAGGAGACAUUUUACUGUAAGAAAAAAAUGAUUGCCCCCACAUAAAAAUAAACGCUCUUUCCAUUCCCUUGCAUCAUUUCUUCCAGGAAGUUUUUGAGUCAUUCAAACUGCCUAUUUCAUAAUUCAUAAACUCAGUUUAACAAGUGGAUGAACACCUUGAUUGCUAUGGGUAAAAUAAAUAAAUUUUGGAUUCCAUUUGCCUGCAAAUUGUCUAUCACUGGCAUUAACUUCUACAGACUCUUUGGGUUGGUCCAAUUGUAGAAUACUGUUUUAUGUUUCUACCUCCUU